AUGCUUUAGCAAAAUUACAUGAAUAGAGAGCCAAGCUAUGAACCAAGGAUAAUGUAAAAUAUGAGUUUGACUGACUCUUCUUCAAAUAUCGACUUUGAUCCGAUAUAAUUGCAGAUUGUUCAAAGCAUUCAUCCUCUUACAUCAAAAUCAAAUUCUUUUUCAAGAUCUAACUAGCAAAGUUCUUUCACUUUCUAAAAUACAACUUAGCAGCAACCACAGUAGACUUCAAUGUAAUAUUCGAUACUUAGUAAACCCAUUAAUAACAAAGAAAUGAGAGUUCUUCAAUAAUAGUUUGAAGAAUUUGAGCAUAUAACUUAAACCACUAAGCAUCUUGAGCAGUAGUUGACUAAAUUCAAGAAACUAGUAGAGUAAAAAAGAGAAUAUCUCAGAUAAAUGGAAAAGGAAGUCUCAAAUUAAUAAAAAGUUAAUGAGAAACGAGAAAAAAUUUAUAAGGAUGUUUAGUCAAAAUAGUAUUAAUAAGAUGAUAAAAUCAAGUUUAAAAAGCAAUAGUUUAAAAUGAGGUUGGAAUAGUAUGAGAAACGAAAAUCAUAGGUUCAGCAAGAAAGUGAAAAACUUCUAGAUUUAGAGAAAGAAUUAAGAGGCAAGAAAGAAAUUUAUGAUUAGUAAUUGUAAGAAUAUAAUAAAAGCAGAGAAACUUUUGAAAAUCAGAAAUAAUAGUAUAUUGAUAUAAAAGACACUAAGCAUAAAAAACUUUCAACAGAGUAGCAGCAAUUAAAACAUUAAUUAGCCAAACUCUAGGAUAAAAAUACUAACUUGGAAUAAAAACAGUAGCAACUUCAUUUUAAGCAGAAAAAUCUAGAUAUGAAUGACCUAGAUCUAAAAGAUUUAUAGUCUAAAAUCCAAGAAGAACAAGUUAAGCUUGAUACAAAGAGGAAAGAACUAUUGGAAUAGGAAAAAUAAGUGAAAUAAAAAAUGAAGGAUUUGCAGGGAUCAAAGGAAGUAGAGUUAUUAGCAAGUGAGGAGCUAAAGAAGACAGAGUGUCUCUUAUUUGAUAAAGAAAACAGAGAAUACGAGACAGAAACUAAAUACAAAGAUAUGAAGAAUGUGAUGCUUCACUUAAGGAGGGUAAUAGCAGAAAAAGAAGAUGAAGUGAGAUGUAAGAAAGAUGAAUCUAGCCGUAAGGAACGCUAAUUAGAGGAUGAGGAUGAUAGACUAAGGAGAGUUGAAGAGGAAAUAGAAGAUGAAAUAUCCUGUGCUCAUUAUUGUAUCAAUGAAUUGAAAAAGAAGAAAAGAGAGCUUGAAAGUAAGCAUGAAGAAGUCUAGCAAAGGGAAUAAAUAUUAAAAGAAAGAUUAAAGAUAGAGGGUAAGAUAGAACUUGAACUUGCUGGACUAGAAUUUAAUCAAGAGAGAUUGUCAAAACAAAGACAAGAUUACGAGAAGUAAUUCGAAAUAGAAAUGAAGAUUAUAAGAGAAAGAGAGGAAAGCUUAAGGUAAAAAGAUCUAGAAAUAAGGAAAAAGGAGUCCAAGCUUGCAGUAAGAAUGUCAAGCAAUUCUAUUAUCUAGGUCAGAGGUCUAUUCUAAGAUAUGGAUUAGUGGAGUGAUAUUGGUGGAGCACCAGCUGAUAUUGUAAAUAAUAAGGAAAAUGUCUAAUUUAAUUGA